AAUUAGACAAAGAAAAUUAAUUAGUGACUAACUAAGAAUUUUUCAAUUUUGGUUUUUUAGUUUAAAUUUGAAUUUUUUUUUGAAUACUUAUCCCAUUAAUUUUUUAUGAGUGGUAACCCUGGUACGGAGUCCUUUUUAAUGGAAUUGAUUUUGACAACAAUGACAAUAUUUUGGCUCUUGACUAGCUCUCGAUGCUAGCUUUGCUCAAUAAAACAGUUAAAAAAAAGUCAGAAGCAGAAAGCAAAAAAAAAAUUAGUUGUGGAAAUUGCAGAAAGUAAGUUUAUAUUUUGAAAUUUAUAAAAAUCAAAAAUAUCAAAACGUAAAGAAAUGGAGCAGCCACCUAUUUUCAAUAGCGUCGAGGAUGAAUGCAGAUACUGGAAAGAACGAGCAAAACUUUAUCACAAAGAAUGGACAGAUGUCAAACAAGAAUUUGAUGAAUUUGUUGAGGAUUCCAGACAAUUGGAAGCAGAAAUGGAAGCAACUUUAGAACAAAAAGAGACUGCCGUCAGAGAUCUUCGGAAACAAGUCAUUCAGUUAGAAAAAGAAAAUGAAUCAUUAAGGAUAAAAUCAGAUUCCCAUAGUAUAGAAUUUAGUGAAUUAGAAAAACAAUUGUCUACAACGCAAUCUGAAAAAGAAUCAUUAAAAUCAUAUCUGAGGCAACUGGAACAGAAAAACGAUGAUCUCGAACGCGCUCAUAGAAUUUUAUUAGAAAGUAUUUCAAGUUUAAAAACAAUGUUAGAUAAAGAAUAUGAAAAAAAUGCUCUUGAAAGUGAUGAAAAAGAACUACUAAAAGAAAGAUUGCAAAGACUAAUGGAUGAAAGAAGAGAUUUGGAACAGGAAUUAAAUGUACGACAUCGUAUUUCAUCGAGUAAUAUGAAUGGCAGUUUAGAGCACAGCAUAAAUGGCGGAUUAGAAACACCUCCGCCAAUCGCCACAAAUUCAUCCACAACAGGUAUUGGCGACUAUGGGCAACAUUCAUUAAAAAACCCAGAAAAUAUGCUCAAUGGUAAUGCCAUGACAGCUAGUUCCAGAACCACUGCGCUUAAUAUUGUAGCCGACAUGCUGAGAAAACUUAAUUUGGAUAAAACACUUUUAUGUUCUCGCUGUGAUAAAUUUCGUUGUAUUUGUGACCGUCCUGUUUCACUAAAACUCCCUCCCAAAGCUACAACUUCUUCACCAUAUGAAAGUGUUAAUUUACAGAUGAUAACUUCUUCCCCUAAUCAUAGUAACAAUAGUACAAACAUCAUUCCAAAAUCUACAACAGUCGUCAAUAAUAACAGUACUAGUAAUAUUUUUGGAACAAAUAUAUUUCAAAGAUUUUCACAAAAAAAUAGUGGUAUUGGAUUGGAUUGUCCAAAUAAUGCAAUGGAAUCAAAAUUAAAGGCAUAUCGGGAACAAGUGCCUCCACCACGUCAAUGACAACACGAAAAUGUAUACAACUCCGUUGACGAUAAAAUAAUUUAAUUUUAGUUUAACGGAACUUGUGUACAAACAAUAAAAAUAAGUAUAAAUUUUAUAACUUUAAAUUGAAUAACAACAAUUAAAUAAAAAAAGCGUGACUAAACCCCCAAAUCAAAUUACAUAUAAACGUCCUUCUUGGAGUAUAAUUAUCUACUUAUGUACAUAUUAUGUAUAUAUGUAUAUGCAUGCAUCAUAUAAUACAUAUACAAAACCUAUUAUAUGUAUGUACAGACAUAUUAUAUAAUAUUUCAUAGUUUGGAACUGAAAAGAAAAUGUAAUUUUAAUACAAUAUGGGAGUUAAAAUCCUAUGACAGGCUCAGCUAAUACUGGUUACUAGCAAUGAAAGCUCUGGGGAACAUCAAAAUCGACAAAAAUAAAGUACAUAAUCUAAAAAGUAAUUAUAUUUUAAAAAUUGUCAUAAAAUACGGUUUUUUUUUAAAGCAGGCCUUUUAUAACUUUCUAGAAUUUUAUUUGUUCAAAUUUUUAAAUCAACAUUUAAUUAAUUUCUAAAUCUUAUAUUAAAAAAAAAUAAUUUAAAGAAAAAUGAAAGUAAAAAAGAUUAUAACUAUGUACUUUUAUUUUUUUACAUGAAGCGAAUUUGACAUUUAAUUUUUAUUUCAUAUAAUUAAAAUGCAAGCAAUUGAUUUAGAGUUAGUUAUUACAAAUAUUAACAAGAGAAAGCUAAGAUAUAUAUUUACAUGUAAGGUUUACA